AUGAGAAAAGUAGGUGAAUGUGUGAUGGAGGAUGACAAACGUUAUACUCGGAAAAGAGAGAGAUUUAAAGUUUAUACAUGGAAAUAUAAAAAAACAAUUACACCUAUCGCAUCUUUUGUUCUUUUGGUUAAUCAGAUUUUCGGAUAUGGUAUGGACAUAAUUCCAUCAGUUGUGCAGGAGAAUGGUUGGAAGAGGGUGUUUCUGGUUAACUUGCUCACAUGCAUUUUUAUCUCAUUUUCCUCACUCAUGUUGCUGAAGGCAAUCACGAUGAUUCCAAACAACAGUAACUUUCAGCAACGUAUUGAGUACAACACUUUGGUACGGUACUACUUAUCAGAUGCCACCUUCAAGGUGAUUUCAAUAGUUCACUACGUGGGAGAUUUUUGUACUAUAAUUGUCGGGAUAAUAACCUUCUCCAAGCUUAUUGAUCUCAUGCUUAUAAAGUUGACUGGGUUCACAGUAAUUUUACAGCUCUACCCUGAGUUCACUGUCCGCCGAAUUGGCGCAAACCUUUUUAUGUACAUUUACGAAACUGUCGAUGUGGAAUAUAAAUUCGGGAUCUUUGGAAUCACUCUUGGAUAUCUAAUUUGUUGUCUAAUUUGUGUCAAAUUGGCCUCGAGUUCACUUCAGGAAACUACAAAAUAUCACAUGGUUUCAUUUUUCGUCCUUCUGGUAUCAAUUGGGACCUUCACAGUGUAUAAUGGAGCUCAGUCUAGGUUCAUCACUAAAUCCCGAUCAAAGGGUAAGAAAAGUGGAAAUUUGGUGAACAUUGUAUCGAUUUUUGUGGAAAAUUAUAAUAUCAGUAGUAUUCUACCCACUUGGGCUAAUGAGAUGAGGAAUGAUGUCAAUCCUACUCAAAUUGUAUGGAUUUCCUGUUUUUUCUCAUUCUUUGUUUAUUUGGUAUUUGGAAUUAACAAGGCUUAUGCUGUUACAGGCUCAAUAUUUGAUGACAUGAUAAAUAGCAAUAGAAACCCGUUAAUUAACACUUGUAUAGUAUUAUUUGUAAUGUUGACAAUAAUUCCUGACGUUGUUUUUAACUGUAUUUCAAUGAGGUAUAAUUUGAGGAACCUAGGGUACAAAAAACACUUUUUCGUCUCAUCAGUUUUACCUUUUUUGUUUUCAUUUCUUUUACUUAAUAACGGCUUAUUUCAGGGAUUCCUCAGCUAUAUUAACUUGUUCACUCUGGUUAUUUGUAAUUACAUUAUUCCCAUAACUUUGUACUUGAUUUCAAAUGAAGAGCAAAUGAUGGGUAAGUGGGAGAAUUUUGAAAGGAAACGGAGUGUAAUUAACAGAAUUAUAAAGACAAUUUCACUCCUUUCAAUGAAUUCAAGUACUUCACUUCUCAAAUCCAUGUCAAAUAUGUCAUUAUUAAAGACAAUGUCAAGGAAUUCACUUUUAAAGUCAAUGUCAAAAAGUUCAUUAUUGAAAUCUAUGUCAGGAAGUUCACUACUCAAAUCAUUUUCAAAUAGUUCAAUUGGGAAAUCUUUCUCUAGUAGUUCAAUUGCUACUUCAAUUGCUAGAUCACUUUCCAGCAACUCCAUCGCAAAUACAAUUUCCAAAUCAAUGAGCAAAUCAAUGAGUAAAUCUAUGAGUAAAUCAAUGAGUAAAUCUAUGUCGAAGAAUGAACUGAAAGAAGAGAAGAAGAUAGAUUAUGAAUCAUUUAAGAUAAUAAGGAAUUCUAAAGACUUGUAUAGUAUAAAUCAUGACCUUUUUAACGCUGUGAACAGGCCCUCGAGAGUAAUUUAUACCAAUGAAAUUAGUUACUCCUUCGCAAGUAAAGGAAGUGAGGAGAAUUUGAGCUCAGAAGGUAAAAACAACAAGUGGUUAUUUUCAGAGAGAAUUGUAGUGUUUCCAAAAUGUAUCAGCAAGUAUCACUUGAUAAUCUCAAAAUCAAUGCUAACUACUGUUGUUUUAAUAGUUAUCCUACAACCUAUUCUGUUCAUGAAAUUCAAUACUUGA